GACAAAAAACCUAAAGUUGAGAGCACUAAGUUCAAAUUAAAGUAAAUAAAAACAAUGAAAAUGAUGACGGACGGUGACGAGAUCGUUAUAUCCGGGAUUGCGGGACGUUUCCCGAACACGAAUAACAUGAAGGAAUUGGCUCAUAAUCUGUACAACAAAGUGGAUAUGAUUGAUGAUGACGAAAGUCGUUGGAAGCACUUUCACCCGGAAAUACCAACCAGAGCUGGAAAAAUUCGUAACAUUGAAAAGUUUGACUCGUCAUUUUUUGCAACAUUGAAUAAACAUGCCAACUGGACUGAUCCGCAAAUGAGAAUGUUACUUGAGCACGCAUACGAAGCGAUUUUAGAUGCUGGCGUUAGCCCUCAAUCUCUUUUCGGAAGUAAGACGGGUGUUUUCAUAGGCUGCAGUAUGUCUGACUCGAGAGAUGCGUUUUUCAAUCACAUACCAACGAAGGAAGGAUACACAAUUGUCGGUAAUUGUAAUUUCUACUUAUCCAAUCGUUUGUCCUAUGCACUUGGAUUGUGUGGCCCAUCCUUUACUGUCGACACAGCGUGCUCGAGUUCAGCUUAUGCAUUGGACGCCGCAUAUAAAUACAUCAUGAAUGGAGACUGUGAUGCCGCGAUUGUGGGGGGAUCUUGUUUGAUAUUGAGUGCUGAGGCUAGUGUUGGAUUUAAUAGAAUCGGAGUUUUGGCUGAGGAUGGUGUUUGUAGACCAUUUGAUGAAAAUGCUUCAGGGUUUGUGAGAAGUGAAACUGUUUCGGCAAUAUUCUUGCAAAAGAAAAAGGACGCAAAGCGAGUCUAUGCAAGUGUUAUCUACACUAAAACGAACAAUGACGGAUUCAAGAAGGAAGGAAGCUCUCUACCUUCGAAGGUCAUGCAACAGAAGCUGAUGGAAGAGUUCUACAGUGACAUUAACUUUGACACAUCGCAGAUUCAUUUUGUUGAAGCUCACGCAACUGGAACUAAGCUCGGAGAUCCUCAAGAAGCCUCUGCUCUUGAUGAAGUUCUUUGUAAGAAUCGUAAGUCGCCGUUAUACGUUGGCUCGAUCAAAGGAAAUAUGGGACAUGCUGAAGCAGCUGCUGGUUUGGCAUCGAUGGCAAAAAUCAUUCUUGCAUUCGAGAACAAUAAAUUUCCACCAAAUAUUAAUAUAACGUGUCCCCGCACAGACGUUGAAGCUUUCAAUGAAGGUCGAAUGAAAGUUGUUACAGAUGCCGAGGAGCUGAGGGGCGACUACAUUGCUUUGAAUUCCUUCGGACUCGGAGGCGCUAAUGCUCAUGUCUUAUUUAAAAAGAACUUGAAACAGAAAGUCAGACCAGAUGCCAACGAGACGAUGCCAGUUUUAGUAGCUUGGAGUGGACGAACUGAAUCUGCUGUGGACGCAAUCUUUGAGGAUCUGCAGCAACGACCAAUCGAUCCAGAAUAUGUGGCACUACUUCAUAGUGCGAUGAAACAAACAUCACCAGCCAACUUUUACAGAGGCUUUGGAAUCUUCUCGAACGAUCCUUCAAGUGGAAAAGCAGUUUGCUUGCAGAAAGACGUUACAAAUUUCAAUGACGAAAAGCGGCCGGUGGUUUGGGUUUUCAGUGGAAUUGGUUCACAGUGGAACACAAUGGGAACUAAUUUGAUGAAUAUCCCAAUGUUUGCUGAUACCAUAGACACCUGCCAUAAAAUUCUCCUCAAGAAGGGCUUGAACCUUAAAGAAAUUAUCACAACAACGGACAAAAAUGUUUUCGACGACGUUUUGAAUUCGUAUGUCGGCAUCAUAUCCAUCGAAAUUGCGUUGACGAACAUAUUGAAAGCAGUCGGGCUAGAACCCGAUUUUAUUAUCGGCCAUUCGCUGGGUGAGCUCGGGGUGGCUUAUGCUGAUGGCUGUCUCACACUUGAAGAAACCAUCUUGGCAGCAUAUGCCCGCGGCAAGGCAUGUAACGAAUGUGAAAUCAUUGGAGGAGCAAUGGCAGCCAUUGGAUUAAACUUCACGGAAGUUGAAACCAUUUUACCCAAGGACAUUGAUAUUGCAUGCCACAAUGGAAUUGAUUCGACGACCAUUUCUGGACCAGCUGACAGUGUACGAUCGUUCGUUGACCAUCUCAAAGACUCUAAUGUGUUUGCUAGAGAAGUCGCGUGUUCUGGCAUUCCGUUGCACAGUCGUUACAUUAAGACGAUGGGGGAAAAGCUUUCUGAAAAGCUACGCAGCGUCAUCAAAAAGCCUAGGAAACGAUCAGCUAAGUGGUUGAGCUCAUCGUAUCCGGAAAGUCAGUGGAGUAGUGACGAAGCCGGUAGCGUGUCGGCGAAAUAUUUCACACGGAACCUUUUGAAUCCCGUAUACUUCGAGGAAGUCUGCAAAAUGUUGCCAGUAACAUCUUUGUUGAUCGAAGUAGCUCCGCAUGGCUUGUUCAAAGCGAUUUUGAAGAAGAAUUUGAAAGAUGGUGAUCAUUUGAGCUUGACCCAAAGAAACACUGAGGGCGUCACGUUUUUACUUGAAGCAUUGGGAAGAUUGUUCCAAAAAGGAAUCGACAUCGAUAUUGCCAAACUAUACAAAACGGUCGAGUUUCCAGUAUCGUGUGGAACGGCAAUGAUCUCACCGCAAAUCAAGUGGAAUCACACUGACAACUAUUUGGUUCCAUACUUUGAUACAUUCAGCAACUACGAAAGAAGAAAAGUUGCCAUAAAUUUGAGCGACAAAGACUACGACUUCAUUAAUGGACACAUCGUCGAUGGCAGAGUUCUGUUCCCGGCAACUGGUUGGAUAUUUUUGGUUUGGGAAACAUACUGCUGGAUGAAUGGUGUACGAUUGGAGGAGCAAGCCGUUGUGUUCCACGACAUACAACUGAUGAGAGCGACAAUGCUGGCGAAGAACCAGGACGUUUUUGUUAGUAUCAAUAUUCAGAGAGGUACGGGACGUUUCGAAAUUCUCGAAGGGACUUCAACGAUUGCAACUGGUUACAUCAACAACGGCAAUAAUACGAAAAUGACGGAAAUCCCGAAGCCAGAACCUAACGCAGAAGCUGUUAUCAUCAACGAAGAGGAGUUUUUCGACGAGAUGAGAAUUCGGGGAUAUUUCCAUCGGGGAGUAUUCAGAGGUGUCAAAGAGAUCCGUGACGACUGUCUUACAGCUAAAGUCAAAUGGAAUCAAAACUGGAUUACUUUCAUGGACAGCAUGACUUUCUGCGACGUUUCAACUUCUGGUAAGCGAGAGCUGCUCGUGCCAACUGACAUCAGGAAAAUGAUCAUAAACCCGAAACUUCAUUUCCAAACCAUUGGAAAUGACCAGGAUCGAGAUGGAGAGGUUCUAGUCGAUGUAACUGUUUGUCCUUAUAUGAAGAUCAUCAAGUCUGGAGGAGUUGAAAUUCACGAGAAGAGAAACAAAACUUUAACCAGACGUCGACCACGUGAACCUGUUCUCGAGGCUCAUAAAUUUGUGCCAUUCUUCGCCUCAAAAGUAGCAUCACAGCAUGACGCAAUGAAAAUCUGCACACAGAUACUCUUUGAAGCCUCGCUUCGUAAGCAACUCAUUUCGGUUGAAGUCGAUGCAACCGGAGAGAUGAGCAGAGAGCCCCUCAGUCAAUAUGUCAUGAAUGCUGUGAAAGAGAUACCCACCGUCAUUUGUGAAUGCAAUUUGUUGACACAGCGUACGAUGGAAUUGGAAAAUGUGAUUGUUGAUGAGUCGAAAGAACUUUCGUCCUUCAGCAAUGUUGAUUUGGUGAUUGGUAAUGAAUUAAUUGAAGAUGCUUCCAGCUUGGAGACAGCUAUUAGCUCUCUCAGUGAUGAUGGAUUAAUUGUCUCUAGAGAAUGUAAACCGCUUACUCCGGCCAACCGGCUCUGCCAGUUGAUUUCAAGAGUCCCAUUGGAUACUAAUGACAUUCUCCAUGUAAUGAAACUGAAGAAAUUCCACCAGCAACCAACUAAGACUAUUCAAAUAACUCCGAACGUCAGAGACUGGCUAGAGCCUCUUCAAGACGCACUCAUGGAACGAGCUGCUGUCGUACUGUAUGCAUACCAAGACAGCAACUCUGGCAUCCUCGGAUUCAUUAAUUGUCUUCGGCGGGAACCCAGUGGUGAGAAACUUCGAUGCUUCUUUAUCAACGACGAAAACGCACCGAAGUUCAACCUGGAGCUUCCAUUCUAUAAAACUCAGUUUGACCACGGGCACAUUAUCAAUGUCUUCAAGAACGGCCAAUGGGGAAGUUAUAGACAUUUGAGGCUUAGCGGGACCCCGUCUUUGAUUCCACGCAACGAUCAUGUAUUUGCUAACAGUCUGGUGAAAGGCGAUUUGUCAUCAGUUUUGUGGCUUCAAGGUCAUAUGAACAUGCAGAACCCAAAAAUUGGACCCGAGAAGAUCAUCAAAAUCCAGAUUGGUUCGCUUAACUUCAAAGACGUUAUGUUGGCACUCGGAACACUUGAUCAACAAAGCGUUCUUGGAUUUGAAUUCGCAGGUGUUGAUGGAAAUGGUCGUAGAGUGAUGGGCAUCUCGAGACAAGGUGGAGGUUUGGCCACCUACUAUGACUCAAGCGAUCCGAUCACGUGGGAUAUACCUGACGAAUGGUCAUUCGAAGAAGCUGCUACUGUUCCUCUGGUCUAUUUCACGGUCUAUUUUGCGUUCUUCGUCGCUGCUAAGGUUCAACAGGGUAAAUCUAUCCUGAUUCACGCCGGAAGUGGAGGUGUUGGACAGGCAGCUAUACAAGUGGCUUUCGCGUACGGCUUGGAGGUUUUCACAACCGUUAGUACGGAUGAGAAAAGAAAUUAUUUGCUGGAAAAGUUUCCUCAACUGAGGGCUGAGCAUAUCGGAAAUUCGCGUGACACAACUUUCGAAAAAAUGAUUCAGCUCCGAACGAAAGGUCGAGGAGUUGAUUUUGUGUUGAACUCAUUGUCCGAUGACAAGCUGCAAGCAUCCAUUCGGUGUCUUGGUAUGAAUGGGACAUUUUUGGAGAUCGGUCAGUACGACAUCGUGAAUAGAACUAAAAUCCACAUGGGACAUCUUUCGAGGAGGAUACAUUUCAAGGCUGUGUUCUUCGAAGACCUUCCAACCGAAUGCGAUGACAUGAAAAUCGCUCAUGCACUGGUCGUUAGAGACAUCAAAGCGGGGAUCAUAAAACCACUCAGAUCAGUAAUAUUCGAGGCACACGAAAUCGAGUCAGCAUUCCGGUUGAUGGCGGCUGGCAAGCAUAUCGGAAAAGUUUUGUUAAAGAUUCGCGACAAUGACGAUAAAGCUUCUUUGCCAAUAAAGGUCCAUCCGAGGGUGUUUUGCGAUCCGGAUGAGACAUACAUUAUCGUUGGAGGCUUGGGUGGUUUCGGAAUGGAACUCGCUGACUGGUUGGUAAAUAGAGGAUGCAGAAAACUUGUUUUAAGUUCACGUCGUGGUAUUUCGCAGAACUAUCAAUUGUCAAGAAUCCAGAAUUGGAAGACUUCUGGAGCAACGACUGUCGUAACCAAAGCCGAUGCAUCUACGGUUGAAGGUUGUAAAGAGCUCCUAGACGUAGCUUUCAAAAUGGGUCCCGUUGGCGCAAUCUUCAAUCUUGCUGUGGUUCUCAGAGAUGCCAUUUUCGAAAAUCAAACUGAGAAGACCUUCGAAGAGUCACUGAAAUCAAAAGUUGACUCCACGAAGCAUUUAAGUGAACUUUCCCAGCUUUAUUGUCCCGAUCUGAAGCAUUUCGUCGCCUUCUCGAGUGUCGCCUGUGGCCGUGGAAAUGCUGGGCAAACUAAUUAUGGUCUUGCCAAUUCGAUUAUGGAACGAAUUGUUGAAAGUCGAGUGGAACGAGGCCUUCCAGGGAAGGCCAUUCAGUGGGGAGCUAUCGGAGACGUCGGUCUUCUGGCUAAACUUCAAGCGAAAGACGACAAUUUGGAAAUAGAUGGAACAUUGCCGCAAGAUCUUCGUUCCUGUUUAGAUGUUCUCGACACGCUGCUGACUUCUACUGAAUCGGUUGUCUCGAGCAUGGUUGUUGGUGAUAAGCAAGCGACAGUUAGUAGCAAAGGCAAUAUCAUUGACACGAUUUUAAGAAUCAUGGCACUUCGGGAUAGAAAUUUACUGUCAAUGCACGUGACGUUAGCGCGAUUAGGAAUAGACUCCCUCAUGAGUGUGGAAAUUAGACAAAUUCUUGAACGUGACUAUAACAUCACGAUCUCAUCGCAGGAGUUGAGGUCUUUGAGUCUGAAACAACUCGAGCGGAGAGUUGUAUCCAAAGCUUCUGACAAUAUUGGAUCGAAUCAGCAGCAAAGCAAAUUGCCCAUGGAGGUUCAGCUUGUCGCUACCAGUUUUGGUGACGAGAGCAGAUGCAAUGAAACAUUGGUAAAGGUUAACAAUAUUACAACGGGAGGAACGAAAGUCCUGAUGAUUCCCAGCUUCUUUGGCAUGAGUGGAGAUUUGUUCAGUAAAUUGGUUGAAGAUUUGGGCUACCCGGCGUACAUCCUUCAAAUUUUCAAAACUGCCGAUUGUACGGAAAUUGAACAGGUCAUCGAUGCAAUUAUUGAUGACGUUCUCAAGCUCUUCGAAGGCAACGACCAAUAUUUCAUUGUUGGCUAUUCGUUUGGCUCAAUUUUGGCUUUGAAAAUUGCAUUCAUUCUGGAGGCGAAAGGAAAGACUGGCCAAAUCGCACUUAUUGAUGGAUCACCCGAUUUUAUGUACAAGGUUUCGAAUCAAAUGAUCUGUGACAGUGGAACGGACGAAACUUUAAAGGAACGAAUCUUGAAAAACUUCAUCACCGGUGUGUUUAUGGAUGGUUCAGAGGUUGUAAUAGCAAAAGUAUUCGAACGAUCGUCGUGGGAUGGUCGCAUUGAACUGAUGCAUGAGUUCAUGGCAGAUCGAGUCAAAUACAGUACAACGUAUGUCAAAAAGCUUCUUCUGAAUGGCAUGUUUUCAAGACUCAAGAUGUGCGUCAAAGUCGACCAGAUGCGCAGCCAAGUCUUAACAUCCACACCAAUUACUUUGUUUAAAUCGUCUGCAACGGCAAUGACUCGAAUGGAUGAAGUUAUAGGAUUGGACAAGUUCACCAACAAAUCUAUCGAUGUCCAAGUUGUCGAUGGAGAUCACGUAACGAUAUUAUUGAAUCCAAAGCUGCCGCAACUACUUAAGAACUUGUUGAAGUAACUGAUAAUAGUAAUUUUAAUUUUUUUU